UGUUAUUGAAUCAAACCUCAGUCACUGACUUUCUCCUCCUGGGAGUGACAGACACAUGGGAAUUGAACCCUCUUCUCUUUGCCGUGUUCCUCACCAUCUACCUUGUCAAUGUGGCCGGGAAUGGAGCCAUCCUGAUGGUCGUCAUCUCAGAUCCGAGACUCCACUCACCUAUGUACUUCUUCCUGGGAAACCUGGCGUGUCUAGAUAUCUGCUUCUCCACUGUGACUGUGCCAAAGAUGCUGGAGAACUUGCUCUCCACAAACAACAAAAUUUCCUUCUUGGGAUGCAUAACUCAGCUUCAUUUCUUCCACUUCCUGGGUAGCACAGAGGCCCUGCUGCUGGCGGUGAUGGCGUUUGACCGCUUUGUGGCUAUCUGCAAACCACUCCACUACCCUGUCAUCAUGAAUCGUCAGGUCUGUAUCCUGAUGGCCAUCACCAUCUGGACCAUUGGCUUCUUCCAUACCUUCCUUCACUCUGUAAUGACGUCGCGUUUGAACUUCUGUGGCUCCAAUCAGAUCCAUCACUUUUUCUGUGAUGUGAAGCCAUUGCUAGAGCUGGCCUGUGGGAACACUGAGCUCAAUUUAUGGUUGCUCAGUAAUGUCACAGGGAAUACUGCCAUUGGCCUCUUCUUUCUGACAUUUCUGUCCUAUUUCUACAUCAUCACCUACCUGUUCCUCAAGACCCGUUCUUGCAGCAUGCUCCACAAAGCACUGUCCACCUGUGCCUCCCACUUCAUGGUCGUCACUAUUUUCUAUGCUCCUGUUCUCUUCAUCUACAUCCGUCCUACCUCGGGGAGCUCCCUGGACCAGGACCGGAUCAUCGCCAUCAUGUACACAGUGGUCACUCCUGCUCUCAACCCUCUCAUCUACACCCUGAGGAACAAGGACGUGAGGGGUGCACUGAACAGGAAGAUCAGAAGGUGGCUCUGA